CGUCGUUAGUCAUUGCUGGUUGUAGGCGAGACGUGGGGCAACGAUCAGUUGUCAGUUCACGACCGGUUGCCCGUUAAAAGUGUUCUGCUUCGUGAAUCAACGAGGCUUGCCGUCCACUCGUGGUUGGGUUACUGUGUUUCGUAUCGUCGGUACGUACACUAGUCCCGAUCGAACCUGUCCACAGAGGACGCUUUUCGCCUGAUCUUCGUUGGCGUCCAAGAUCGUUGCAGCGUUUCGGCAGCAUGGCGUACACGAUAAAUCAAUUGUUCCACACGACGAUGUUCCUAACGUACGCAUUUACGAUGUACAGUGCGGAUCAUCUCAACAUACCUAUGGUGAAUUCUGCAUUCGAAAAGUUUGAUCCAAAAGAAUUCAAAUACCUGACUGUCUGGGGUGUGAUCAUUCAAGCAGUAUUUUUUUUGAUAUGCAUGCUGAACGACUGGUUCGGCACAAAUGCCGCGUGCCCCAAGAAACCUCCGUUCAUACGGAAGCUCAAGGACUAUGUGCAUGCGGUCUUCAGUUUCCCGGUGGCCAUGUUUGUCGGUGUAAUUUUCUGGUCUCUGAUGUUCGUGGACCGCGAAUUGGUAUUCCCGAAGGCCAUUGAUCCUUACUUCCCGUGGUGGUUGAAUCAUCUGAUGCACACGAUGAUCAUGGUCUCGACGCUGAUGGAGACGAUUCUCUCGCCGAGGAAGUACCCGAAGCGAGCACAGGGACUCUUUGGUCAUCUCAUGUUCAUGUUCACGUAUUUAAUUUGGAUGCACAUAAUCUAUUUGAAAAGCGGCAUCUGGGUGUACCCGGUGAUGAAGGUGCUCUCAUUGCCCAUGCGAGCGGCGUUCCUCUUUGUGAUGCUCUUGUUCAGCUCGAUGCUCUAUUUUAUCGGGGAAAUGCUGGACAACUUCGUUUGGGGUAACGAAUACAAUAAACACCAAAAGUUCUAUGCCAAGAGCAAGUAGCCUCGCCCUGUGAUUUAGCUGCUGACUUCGAUCACAUUCUACCUCCCCUAAGGUGGUGGUGAAUAAAACAAAAUUCGACGAAACGUUUCUCUACCUCCCCAUAGUCCAUUAUAGCAUGCACGCCGUAAUCCGGACAAAUAAUUUGGAAACCCAUACUACCCUUAAUGUGCAUGUAAAAAGGAGCGUGUGUUCCGAGCCGAACGUUCCAACGUUGACGCGGUUCUUGUUAAAUUCCUCGCAAGGGUUGCGUAGCUGAAGCAUGUAGGUGAUGAUUUCCUCGCGUGGCUUGUGUCUCAUAUGCGUUGCAAAAGGGAAGACUAAUUGUAAUUCGACACUCUACGCUGUAUAGUGCCUGAUGUACAUGCUGAUGUAAAUAAGAAAAAAAAACACACACACACACACGUACACACGUACACAUAUGCGUACACACGAUAUGCAACACAGCUACUUUUUGUACGUACGACGAUCUUUGUUAUCGUGGCAAAUGAAAUAGAAAUAAAUAAAAGGAACUAAAGGAA